GCUAUCGUUGGCUAGCCAGCUAGGAGUUAAAAUAAUACACCGAUUAACAAAAAAAAACACAUUUCCCCACACUCGGUCCGCUUACGUUUACGCAAAAGAUUUAGCUUUCCGUGUAAACAAGAUGUCAACUCCAGCAAGACGACGUUUAAUGCGAGAUUUUAAACGGCUGCAAGAGGAUCCUCCAGCUGGAGUUAGUGGGGCCCCAUCAGAAAACAAUAUCAUGGUAUGGAAUGCAGUCAUUUUUGGACCGGAGGGAACACCUUUUGAAGAUGGAACCUUCAAACUUACCAUUGAAUUCACAGAGGAAUAUCCAAAUAAACCUCCGACAGUGCGAUUUGUCUCUAAAAUGUUUCAUCCAAAUGUGUAUGCAGACGGCAGCAUAUGCUUAGAUAUACUUCAGAAUCGUUGGAGUCCAACCUAUGAUGUGUCUUCGAUCUUAACUUCAAUACAGUCUUUACUGGAUGAGCCAAACCCAAACAGUCCAGCCAACAGCCAAGCAGCCCAGCUGUACCAGGAAAACAAGCGGGAGUAUGAGAAGAGGGUUUCUGCUAUUGUUGAACAGAGUUGGCGUGACUGUUGACCCCCAUUUAUGUUCGAGUAUGAACAGUGUCCGGCCCAGAAUCAAGAAACCACCAAUCAAGAAAAACAACUGAUUUCACAGAAAUAAAACGACACAUCUUAAAAUCCUUCUCAGUAUAUUUGUCCCAUAACUGUUGCUAAGUUUGUACGCUGUUGUGUUGUGGCAUUCACUCCUGCCGAAUGCUGUUGUUGGGCAAUAGCAUAUGUUUGUUAAAAGUUAAUGUACCUUGUUAUAUCUGGGUUACUUGCUACAUGCCCCAACUCUUUGUUUUUCAGAAAAGGCAAUAGCCAGUCUAUCAGUUGUCACUUUUCUACGAGUUUAUUUAUACAUAAAGUAAACUGGUUGGAAGACGCAGUGACAGUUUAUUAGAUGUGCUUGCUGUGUGGUUUGCUGUGUAGAUACAGAGAGUUCCUAUUUACAAAAAAAAAAAUAAGCCGUUCUAGGCGUUUCUCCUUCUGUUUCAGUGGCCUCACUCCUUUUGGUUUUGUUUCCUUUUGUCUUUUGGAAGCCUUUAAGAGGGAUAGAGAAUUAACCUGACAUGGACACCCAUCCCUCUAACAUGUCAACGCAGCAGAUGCCUUUGAGGGGGUCAUUUUUUUCCUCAACUGUUGUAAAGUCAUGCCUUUGAUUUUAAAAGAACAUUCUAGUUAUUGGUGAAAUUAUGUCCCUCUUCAACACAGAAACAAGACAUUUAGUGCCCUCUCCGAGGUCUUAACUUUGUUUCAUGCACAGUUUCAUAAUGCUGACAUUUAAAGUCUGUGUGAGAACAUUUAUAUGCUAUUUUACAAUCUUACAAAUCAGCUAACAUAACAGGCUGAUGAUACUGUUUAAAAACAGGAUGGUUUUCAGAUUAUAAAACUUUGCACUGGUAACCCAUGUAACAAACUGUACAUUUUCUUGUAAAUAAAAUAAAUAUACAUCA